GGCAGUUUGGAGUUUCCGGGAGGUGGGGAGGGGAGAGGACAGAGGAGAGGAGAGGAGGCGUGAGCACUAGGAAAAGUGGGGGAGAGAGGGUUGGAUUUCUUCUCCAGGUUGCGGGAUCGCGAACCCAAUUCGAUUCCACCCACCCGCGCCCGAUCGAUCCGCGCCGCGUUGCUCACUCCCCCUCCUUGAUAGAUUCCUGUUGGGGGAUUUUUGUUGUUGAGUCGAUUUUGUCCGAGGGUUUCCCAUCGCGAUCGGAGCGGAGCGGAGCGGAUCGAGUUGGGAGGAGAUGCGAAUCGAGGAGCUUCCCGGCGAUUCGGGCGGCGGGGGUGGUGGCGGAGGGGCGGGGGAGCUGCAGCUGCGUGGUGAGGAUGGCGGCGCCGACGGUCGGGAGCUGAAGCUGCUUGGCGAGGAUGGCGGUGUCGCCGCGGCGGGGGAGGAGGAGAAGGGGGAGGGUGCGGCUAGGACGAUCGUGCAGGCGGCUUUCGAUGCGAAGCGGGCGGCGGUGGGCGUCGGCGCCCGGAUGCUCUUCUACCCGACGCUGGUGUACAACGUCGUCAGGAACCAAUGCGAGUCUCACUUCCACUGGUGGGAUCAGGUCGACGAGCAUGUGCUGCUGGGUGCUGUUCCAUUCCCGAGCGAUGUUUUGCGGCUGCAGAAGCUCGGAGUUUGUGGUGUGGUCACACUAAACGAAUCAUAUGAGAGGCUUGUUUCCAAGUCACUGUAUGAGGCUCAUGGAAUUGAAAACCUGGUGCUACCAACUAGAGAUUACCUUUAUGCGCCGUCAUUUGACAACCUUUGCAAGGCUGCUGACUUCAUCCACAGAAAUGCUUCAUGUGGUAAGCUGACUUAUGUGCACUGCAAAGCUGGACGGGGACGUAGCACCACCGUUGUUCUUUGCUACUUGGUGCAAUACAAACAAAUGACGCCUGCUGGAGCUUUUGAACAUGUUCGGUCAUGCAGGCCAAGGGUGUUAUUGGCGUCGGCACAAUGGAAAGCUGUCCAGGAAUUCUACCAGCUUAGAGUGAAGAAAGUUCAGGGCACCAAUUGCGUCGACAGCCCAAUCAUUAAAAAGGAGGUUCCGUCUCCAUCUCCGGUCUUCCUUGCUACUCGGAACCUCAUCACUUUUGAUGAGAAGACAUUCGUGAUGGUCUCUGAGUCAGACCUUGAAGGGUAUAAUGCGGAUGGCUUGGCAGUUAAUGUGGGCAGUGGUUUGUGGGAAAUAAGCUUAGUAUACCGUGUUCAGUUUGCCAGCCAGGCAGCAUUUGCAGGGUUUUCAUACCUGUGGUUGCAGUGCCGCGCCCAGAAGGACAAGGAGGCACUUGCCGAGAGCGUGGGUAGUGAGAGCUGCUCUCUUGAGGCGGAGCAGCCUGCGAACGGUCACCACUGUCUACUUCAAGGUGUCGUGGUUAAUCCGUGAAUUUCGGACUUCCUCGGUGUCUUUUUGUCUUGCACCCGUACCGGUACAUAUGAAGAGGGCAUGCAAUGUGAAGCCUCGACUCCAGUCUGCAGCAACCAAGGAGUUCAGUUGCUCGGGUCUGUAUAUAUGUGCUGUAAUAAGUUGACUGCUACGUGUACAAAGGUAAAUGGAUAUCGUCUCAAAUUGCUAACCUUACUUGCUGAAUAUGUAUAUAUGUACUACUUUCUUGCCAA